AUGCCUCCCCACGGAAGCCCACCACGCGCGAAUAGGGUGCGGGAUAAUCGGCUCCUGCGCUACGAUUCCACUAGCAUUGCCAAAGCCGAUGCCGAUGCCACUCGCUCAGGCAGAGGCCGAGUUGGCCGAGCCCUUAUUCACACUCUCGCUGUCGAAGUCUCCACCACCCCGACAACCGAUCCCGUCAACAUUUUGACCGCUCAGAUGAUCACCGGGCAUUCCAUGCCAGUUUGGGAUAAGCCUACGCUGGCCAGGAUGCUCAGAAGUGAUUGGAUGAGACUGGGAUAA